AUGUCAAAUGUCAGAUGUCAGAUGUCAAAUGUCAGAUGUCAAAUGUCAGAUGUCAAAUGUCAGAUGUCAAAUGUCAGAUGUCAAAUGUCAAAUGUCAAAUGUCAAAUGUCAAAUGUCAAAUGUCAGAUGUCAGAUGUCAAAUGUCAGAUGUCAAAUGUCAGAUGUCAGAUGUCAGAUGUCAAAUGUCAGAUGUCAAAUGUCAAAUGUCAGAUGUCAAAUGUCAGAUGUCAAAUGUCAGACGUCAAAUGUCAGAUGUCAAAUGUCAAAUGUCAGAUGUCAGAUGUUAAAUGUCAGAUGUCAAAU